AUGUCGCUACAAUUUCAAAACGACUGCGGGGACUCCGUUAAACUGGCCAUCAUCGAGGAGCUGCAGAACCUUCUUAGCUCGGACACGGUUGUCCUGCAGCAGGCUGAGAAGCGUAUCAAGCAGCUGGAGUACACGGAAGGCUAUGGCGUUUACCUGUCCGAGAUUAUCAUGAACCAGGCGCACGAGCUACCGCUGCGCCAGAUAGCGAUCAUCAUGCUCACCCGGUACGUGGAAACCCGCUGGACAGAUGAGCGCAGCGCUGGCAACAAUGCCUCCAAUGGUUGCAUGGCCAGUGAGCAGGCAAAACGCACCAUUCGCAAUAUCCUUCCCAAUGGGCUGUACGACCCGAACUCAAAGAUCCGAUCCUCGGUGGCGCACACCAUUUCCACAAUUGCGUCCACUGAUUAUCCACACGGUUGGGCGGAGCUUUUUCACAUUAUUGUCAAGUGUCUGGGAGGUAACGAGGACUCUAUACACGGCGCCAUGCAGGUUCUGCAAGACUUCACCUACGAUGUGGCUCAGAUAAAGGAGCUGGGACCCGUGGUUAUACCUGAGGUUUAUCGCAUAUUUGACUCUGAGAAGAAUUAUUCGAUCAAAACGCGCGUGUCAGCCAUCCGCAUCCUUAAGCCUCUUUUCACCUCGAUCGCAGCUCUGAUCACUGACAAGGAGGAGCAGAGCACAAUGAUGAGUUCUAUUUUGACCAAUUUCAUGGACAAGCUGAUGCACUACCUCAGCAUGAACAGCGGCUCCGGAUCGAAUUUCCUUCUCCGGUCUGAGAUCAUCAAAGUGUUUACUCAUUUGGUCAUCGAAAUGCCGAAGUACAUUCAACCUUUUAUGGAUCGUGUGCUGCCCAUCAUUUGGCAGCUGCUCACCCAAAUAGCAGAGACUUAUGUAAAGGUGUCUGUCAACCAGACUGAAACGAAUCCUCUGGAGAGCGGCGAUAGCGAAGAUGACGAUGAACAGACCAACUUCCAGACGCUGAUCAUCCAGAUCCUAGAGUUUAUCAACUGUAUUGUGACCUGCAACAAGCUGCGUGGCAGCAUUAAGAAUGUGCUGGCCGACCUCAUCUACAUCACCAUCGUAUACAUCCAGCUGAGCGAGGAACAGCUGGAGGACUGGGAGGAUGAUCUCGAGAAGUUCGUGGACGACGAGGACGACGGUGGUGUGGAGCUCACUGUUCGCAUGUGCGGCCGCGAUGUUUUGCUGGCCAUAAACGACGAGUUCGGGGCCAAGGCCAUUCAGGCGCUGCAGGAGGCUUUGGGCAGACAUUUCAGCGUGGCCGAGGCGGAGAAGGCGGCGAACAACCCGAAUUGGUGGAAAAUCCAGGAAGCCUGCAUGGACGCCGUGCAUGGUUUCCGCGACGUAAUUCUGGAAGGCAACUCGAAGUUCGACCUUCUCAACUAUCUGACCAUCGUUCGCAACCUGCUCGUUCACCAGGAAUCACCGCACCUAGUCGGUCGCGCUCUCUGGACCCUGAGCACCUACUCCAAGUCGGACCUGUAUAAUCCACAGAUGCUGGUCGAGAUACUCGACGUCACACUCUGCAGUCUUUCUCCGGAGAAGUCGCAUAUUCUGCGGAUUAGUGCCGUGCGCGCUCUACAUGGAUUUUUACAGGCGAACGAGACGAGCGAGGGCGAGAAGCGCACUCUGCUAGUAUCCAAGCUUCCGGGAUUCCUGGAUGGGAUCAUGGCUCUUGUGCCAGGUUGCAAGGCUACCGUUUUGGCGCUGCUCAUGGAAGCCCUGACUAUAAUGGUCAAGUUUGAUGCUGAGUUCGCCUUUGCCGGUCAAGGCAAGAUCACACCGCUGGCCAUUGCCGUAUUCCUCAAGUACGCCGAGGAUCCAUACGUGCUAGAGAACGUUCAGGACUUGAUCCGGGCGCUGUGCCAGCGUAAAGAGUGCCUCGGACCGCUGCAAGAGAAAUUCAUUCCCACUAUCGUUAGCAUUCUCGCGCUAACGGGCGAGGCCACCACCGAAAAGCAAGACAUCGCCCUGGACGUAUUGAAUACGAUUGUUCGCUACACGGAGCCACCGCUCAGUAACACCUUGUUGGAGACGGCAUUCCCUGCCAUGAUCAACUCCAUUCUUCACACUGACGACCACGCCGUGAUGGUAGCUGGCGGAGAGUGCCUUCGCAGCUUCAUCAACGUCUCGCCCCAGCAGAUCUGCAGCUACAAGAAUGGGGAGGGCAUCAACUGCAUCAUGCAGGUGGUUGCCACCGUUCUGCUUAAUCCGAUGAACAGCGAGAUGACGGCCGGCGGGCAGAUCGGGCGUCUGGUCAUCACAAUCAUUACCAAGUUGGGCAGCAUGCUCGGCCAGAACGUGGACAUGCUGCUGAAGGCUGUAAUUAGCAAAAUGCAGAACCUCGAGUGUCUGAAGGUGGUCAUGAAUCUAGUUGUGAUCUUCGCUCACCUCUUUCUCACCCAAAUGGACGCGGUGCUCAACUUCCUGUCGACUGUUCCAGGGCCUAAUGGCGAGCCCGCAAUGCAGUUUGUGCUCACGAAUUGGCUUUCGCGCCAGAAUUCCUUCUUCGGAAUCUAUGAACGAAAGGUCACCACCAUGGCUCUGUGCAAGCUUUUCGAGUACGGUGUGGCCACGCAAGACAACCGCUUGACCAGCAUCACCUUCAAGGAGCUCGUGGACGACUCCAGCGAUACUCGCCGACGCACCCGCUCGGUGGCAGCUUCCACUCAGAAAUGGGUGACCAUUCCGGCACUCGUUAAAAUCUUUAAAGUGCUGAUCUCCGAGUAUCAGCACUUCCAAGAGAGCAAACUGGACGAACCGCUAACAGAUAGCGAAGAGGAUGAGGACGAUGAUGGACCUGGCAAUACAUCAAAGCCUCGCUACGUUUCCGACCUGUGCUUCGAAGGAGAUGAAAAUAAUGCCGAUGAUGAGCAGCUAUUGCAGGAGGUCCUAAAGGAGACCAACUACCAGGGCGACAUUGCUGAGAAUCUACAGAAGUUCCUCUCCACCUUCACACAGAACGAGCACUUUCCCACUUUUUUCGAGCACCUGACUGAGCCCGAGCGCUGCCUCCUGCUCACCAAAGUGCAGCAAAAGUAGCCCUCCGCGAGGACCAUCACAUAUGCAGCGGCAGGAUCAACUUUGUUACCAUGUCUUACAGUGUGGAUUUGUGUUAAUCAUAUUUAUAUAAAUUGUUGCUAACC